GCGCGUAGGUGGACGUGCAGACAGCUUUUUAACCGUUUCUGAAUAUAGCAUGUAUGAAGGUGGAACAAGCAUCUCUUGCAGACAGCUUUUUAACCGUGUCUGAAUAUAGCAUGUAUUAAGGUGGAACAAGCAUCUCUUUCAGACAGCAAUGAAUGAACACUUUUUACAGAUUUCAAGAGACGAUACAGCUAAACGACAUCAUGCAUGACCCGAGUGUGACUCAGACCAGCGUGGCUGCCAUCAACUGUAGCACUGAUGCUCCCCCGUGCACCCCGAACUACGAAGAGGACCGCGUGCCCCUGGUGGUGCUUUACAGUGUGGUGCUGGUCAUCGGGCUGCCUGCCAAUAUCGCUACUGUCUACCUGACCUUCCUCCAGGUGCGCCGCAAAAAUGUCCUGGGCAUCUACCUGUUGAGUCUGUCCGUGUGUGACCUCAUGUACCUCUGCACCCUGCCCAUGUGGGCCAACUACGUGAACGCGGGCCACCAAUGGCGCUGGAGCUCAAUGGCUUGCAAGGUGACGGGCUACUUCUUCUUCAACAACAUGUACAUCAGCAUCUUCCUGCUGUGCUGCGUCUCCAGCGACAGAUACGUGGCCGUGGUCUACGCCGUGGAGUCGCGCGGCCUUCGCCGACAGAGACUGGCGGUUGCAGUUACCGUGGCCAUCGUCUUGGUGGUGUUCGUGGGCCACGUGCCGGUGUUUACCAUGCCAGAGGGCGAUGCGGCAGAGGGGCAGCGGCGCUGCUUCGAGCCAGGCAAGGGCACGUCCACCGUGACGGGUUUCAACUAUGCCCGCUUCGUCAUUGGCUUCCUGUUCCCCCUGGUUGUGCUGGUGGUUACUAACCGUGCUAUCCUGGCCAACGUGCAGGCUAGCACAGGGCUACGGCAGUGCCAGAAGGAGCGGGUGCGCUACUUGGCGUUCGCCGUGGUGGUCCUCUUCCUGGUGUGCUUCGCGCCAUACCAUGUCAUUCUGCUGCUGCGCGCAGUCACCUUCCACUUCACCGAGCUGCAGAAGUGCCAUUUCCAGGAAAGCCUCUAUACCCCUUACACUAUCUCCCUGGGCCUGUCCACCUUCAACAGCGCCAUCAACCCCAUCCUCUAUGUGCUUUCCAGCGACAACAUCCGCAAGGAGCUGCGUCGCGGCCUUGCAGGCCUCCGGGGGCGGGCCACCCUGCGGCCACGUUCCACCGACAGCAGCCAGCACAAGAUGCACAACUCCAAGAACUCGUCAGAAGUGGCGGCCGCCACACAAGAGGCGGAAAAGCAUGGUCGUUGAUGGCAGAGGAAGGUUAGGGGUUUGAUGUUCAGUAUGCAUGCUCAAACUAUGGGAGCCAGAGGGAUAUGCAGGUGUGACUACUGAAGGAACCCUGGACUGGUGACUUGCAGGUACUCUGGAAUAUUAAACAGACUCAGCAUAGAGCCAGGUGGAACCCCAAACAUAGCAAGAGCAAUGGGGGACGAUGUAAUCCAUCUAUCCCAGAAUCUGACUAAGGAAAUUAUAUAAUUGAAACGGUUCAAGCAGGGGCAUUGUCUCCCUAUAGAUGGCAUCAUUCUAAUAAGACUGGCAGUUGCCAGGAGCCGUCUGUCUAACGGCAAAUGUUGCAAAGUUUGAUAAGAGAAUGACGGCAUAAACAGCGCAAACCAUCAUUCUGUUAUCAAACUUUGCACCUGUACUGUUCAUCAAGUAAAUGUGUUUUUGUAAAAUUUUCUGUGGAAAUUGUUUGACGCACUCAUUGUGCAUAGAGUUGUAUGGUUUGUUUAACUUUGCAGUCAUUGGUUUUUGUUUGACAUACAUUUUAAAGUGAAAAAUCUGAGUGUCAGUGUCACUCUGUUACCAUGAAAUUGCCCCUAACCAAACGUGGAGCUCAUCUCAAAAUGUUUUGACUUUGCUAAUCUGCUUAACACUAGUUUCUAAUUCUGAAGUUCACUCUGCUCUUUGUAGCUAUGACGUACUGGCUAUACGCAUACAGUCAUUGAUACUACGGCAAACCAUGCUUGAUCAGCUGAGCAAACUUGCUCCAGCUAGCAGCCUUACCAUUGCUUGUUUGAAUGGCCAUUACGGUAGCUAAACUCAGCAAAAAAAUAAACGUCCUCUCACUGUCAACUGCGUUUAUAUUCAGCAAACUUAAUAUGUGUAA